CGCAACCUCCCGGCGGAACUACACGGUGAUCGGCAUGGACGGGGCGGAUCGGAAGGGGCCCCUGACCGCCUCGCUUCUGCUUCUGCUGGCGGAAGCGUGCUGGCUGAUGCUUAGCGCCGGAGCUUCGCCGACGCCUCCCGGGGCAACACCCCUGGACACUUGCACCUCCUGCGGCUUCCGCCGACCACCCGAAGAGCCCGGCGAAGUGGACGGCGAUUUCCUGGAGGCCAUCAAGAGGCAUAUUCUGAACCGCCUGCAGAUGCGCGACCGGCCCAACAUCACCCACGCCGUGCCCAAGGCGGCUCUGGUCACCGCGCUGCGCAAGCUGCACGCCGGCAAGUUGCGCGAGGACGGGCGCGUCGAGAUCCCCAACCUGGACGGGCAGGCGAAUGGGGGGCCCGCGGCCCACCAGCAGGUCUCCGAGAUCAUCAGCUUCGCCGAGACAGAUGACCUGUCAUCCUCUAGAAUGCGCCUCUAUUUCUUCAUUUCUAAUGAAGGCAAUCAGAAUCUGUUUGUGGUGCAAGCCAGUUUGUGGCUUUACUUGAAGCUGCUUCCCUACGUCUUGGAGAAAGGCAGCCGGCGAAAAGUAAGAGUCAAAGUGUAUUUCCAAGACUCGGACACCAGCAACAAGUGGAAUGUGGUUGAAAAGAAAGUUGAUCUCAAAAGAAGUGGUUGGCACACAUUUCCUAUGACAGAAGCAAUCCAAGCUCUGUUUGAGAAAGGAGAGAGAAGAUUGAGUUUGGACAUUCAGUGUGAAGGCUGUGAAGAGUAUUCAGUGCUGCCAAUUUAUGUGGAUUCUGGGGAUGAAUCCCACCGGCCUUUUUUAGUGGUGCAAGCCCGAUUGGCUGACAACAAGCACAGGAUUCGGAAAAGAGGUCUGGAAUGCGAUGGCCGGACCAAUUUAUGCUGCAGGCAAGAGUUUUACAUUGACUUUAAGAUCAUCGGAUGGACUGACUGGAUCAUAGCACCAGCGGGUUACUAUGGGAAUUACUGUGAAGGGAGCUGCCCAGCCUAUUUGGCUGGAGUCCCGGGCUCAGCUUCCUCUUUUCACACAGCAGUCGUGAAUCAGUACCGCAUGCGAGGGUUGAACCCAGGCACCGUGAACUCCUGCUGCAUUCCAACCAAACUUAGCACAAUAUCCAUGCUGUACUUUGAUGAUGAAUACAACAUCGUGAAGAGGGACGUUCCCAAUAUGAUUGUGGAAGAAUGUGGCUGUGCCUGAUCUGGAGAAGGGUGUUAGAAAGGAGCGAGGGUGGGGGCAGGGAAGGUGAGGGGAGAGUGAGAAGAUUCCCCUACUGAAUGGAUUUAGAUGCACUACUGCUCUUUUUCUUCCUUCUGGGCAUGGAUGUUUAAACCCUACUGCAGAGGCAACAGUGGCAAAGGCAGCAAUAGCACUGAAAAUACAUAUAAAUAUAUAUCAAUUGCACUCUGUUGUCAGGACAGUGGCAGUCAAUGCAUCCUGGACACUAAAAGUAUGCUACCACAUAUAAACUAAUGCUUUCAAGUUACUUAAUCCUACCUAUAUACCCAAAGACACAAGUGUGUGUGUGUGUGUGUGUGUGUGUACACGUACAUACACGUACAUACACACAUAUUUACACAUACUCUUAUAUACACAUACACACAACGACAUGAACGCACACACUGUGUGAUCCAGUUUGGAGGAAGGCAUUAUGUAAAGGAGUUCAAUGUCUGCUGGUGAUAUAUGCAUACAGACCAGUAGAUUUUUUUCUCUGUCUCAGCCAGCCCUAUGAAAUGAAAUGGUUUUUAAAAAAAAACAAAUCCUACAUGCUCAACAGACAAGCAUUUCAGUGACCAAACAAGCAACCAACUACCAUCAUUUCUAAGGUCUAAAUCGAAGCAGCAGGUUACCUGCUCUGUGCAAGAUAAGUCCUUCGUCCUGUUGGGAAGUGUAAGAUAUGCAUAUAGCACUUCCUGGAGAGAACACACUAAUGAAACCAGUCUCUCUCUUAACUAUAUGUAUGUAUGUAUGCAUGCUUGUGUGUGCAAGAGAGAGAGAGAGAGGGAGAAACAGUACCAUGGGAUUAAUAUCGGAAAUGGUAGCUGUAUUCUUCUGAAUGAUAGAUCAGCAUGAUUUUAUGCUUUAUUGGACAUGCCAUCCACGUGGACAAUUAUCCCUGUUAUGUUGUCAAAAAAAAAAAAAAGGACUUGGCCCUUCCUGUUCUAGUUUUGCUCAUGGUCCGUACUACAUUCACAAAAAGAUUUGCAACAUCAAAACCUGGAGUUAAAGUUCCAUGCUUGGAGUAACAGUAAGAUGACAAUGGGAACAGCUGGAGAGGACAGAAGGAAAGAGAAGCCAGUGUUAGCACAAGUAAACUUAUGAGCCAUAAGAGAAAUCUCAAUCGCAUAGUGGAUAUAUUUGGGGAAAGGAGUAGCGCGCAGUGUUUGAAACGGUGAGAAUGUUUAGUACAUCCUGUAGAGGGGAAAGAGAGAGAGGGAGAGAGAGAGAGAGAGAAUGCACAAGUAGAGGGUAUUUACCUUUAGUUUGGUUUCCAAAUACUUCCAUAUCAAGGGUGGCUGCAGAGCUCAGAAAUCCAUGCUCCACUACAGCACUCGCAACCUGCUUGAAUGCACGUUCCUAUAGCACUUGCAGAUUUCAAUGCCUUGACUGGUUGGUACUUGAUGGUGCACUUCCUUUUGCUCACUGUUCUCUAGAUUUAAAAACAAGUGCCGCAUGAGCUAUGCAAUUUAAAAGUGUCAACCCAAACGAGAUGAAACUGGACUGAAAUGAGACGGUACUUUUUAUAUUUUUUUUAUACUUGAAAUUAAAUCUUUUGC